AUGGACAACUAUCAGAGGAUUGAAAAGGUUGGAGAGGGUACAUAUGGUGUCGUAUACAAGGCCAGAGAUCUCACACCAGGCGCUAACGGCCGCAUCGUUGCACUCAAAAAGAUUCGUCUCGAGGCCGAAGAUGAAGGUGUACCUUCCACGGCCAUUCGCGAGAUCUCGUUACUCAAGGAGCUCCGAGACGACAACAUCGUAAGGCUGUUCGACAUUGUGCACCAGGAAAGCAAGCUCUACCUCGUCUUCGAGUUUCUCGACCUCGAUCUGCGCAAAUACAUGGACAACGUCUCGCGGAAUCGCGGCGGUGAGGGUCUGGGUCCCGAGAUCGUUCGCAAGUUCACCUACCAGCUCAUCCGUGGCCUCUACUACUGCCACGCACACCGCAUCCUCCAUCGCGAUUUGAAGCCGCAGAACCUCCUCAUCGACAAGGAAGGUAACCUCAAACUCGCCGAUUUUGGUCUCGCGCGUGCGUUCGGUAUCCCACUCCGCACCUACACACACGAAGUCGUCACGCUCUGGUACCGUGCACCCGAAGUGCUUCUCGGCUCGCGACACUACAGCACUGCCAUUGACAUGUGGUCCGUCGGCUGCAUCUUCGCUGAAAUGGCUAUGCGGCAUCCGCUCUUCCCUGGCGAUUCCGAGAUUGACGAAAUCUUCAAGAUCUUCCGCACCCUCGGCACUCCUACCGAUGAUGUCUGGCCAGGCGUCCAGCAGUUGCCCGACUACAAAGACAGCUUCCCCAAGUGGGCUGGACGACCACUGCGAGACUCGGUGCCCAAACUCGACGAAGCGGGGUUGGAUUUGCUCGAGGGCAUGCUCGUUUAUGACCCGGCUGGAAGGACGUCGGCCAAGAGGAGUUUGAUGCACCCUUACUUCAGGCAGCUUCUGGCAUGA